AUGAAAGUCCCCUCCGUCGUAUCAUCUCUCCUCCUCCUGGCCGGCACCACCACCGUCACCGCCGCCAGCGUCUUGGGGAAAUCUCCGCACCCCGCAUCUCCACAUAGUCAACCACAGCAGCUACAGCAACAGCAGCCAUUGCAAGCGACAAGUGAGGAUGCAGGCUCGUUUGCAGACAAGCACGAUUUGAAUCGCAUCAUUGACCAGUCCCCGUUACUUUCGUUCCAUCGGGAUAUCGUCAAGAUCGAGUCGAUCUCCGAGAACGAGGCCGAUGUCGGGGACUUUAUCAUCCAAUUCCUGCAGGAGCGAGAUUUCAAGGUCGAGAAGCAGGUGAUUGAGGAGACUGGAAGCAAUAAUGAGAGUAAACCACGCUUCAACAUCUACGCCUAUCCCGCUUCGAAUGGUCCUCCGAAGAUCCUCCUGACGAGUCACAUCGACACCGUUCCCCCGUUUAUUCCGUACUCUCUGGACUUACCUACCGGCUCUGCUUCUGCUGGUAAAGUUCGACGAGAGGAUAUCCUGAUCUCCGGUCGUGGCUCCGUGGAUGCCAAAGCCAGUGUUGCUGCCCAGGUCUUUGCCGUCCUCGAGUACCUGGAGAAGGACCCGGACGCAUCCCUGGGCCUUCUCUUUGUCGUCGGGGAGGAAAGAAGCGGAACGGGGAUGAAGUAUUUUUCGCAAUCGCCCCUCAACACGUCCCCGCCGACAUUCCACACCGUGAUCUUUGGUGAGCCCACCGACCUGGCCCUGGUGUCGGGCCACAAGGGAGCGUUGGUGUUCAAAGUCACUGCCAAGGGCCAGGCCGCCCAUUCGGGGUACCCCUGGCUCGGCCGUAGCGCCGUGUCUGCCAUCCUGCCUGCGUUGGCGAGGCUCGAUCAACUGGAGGAUAUUCCCGUGGAGGAUGGCGGUCUCCCUUCGAGCGAGAAGUUUGGCAAGACAACGCUGAACAUUGGGCAUGUGGUAGGGGGCGUGGCGCCCAACGUGGUGCCUGCGUCUGCGUACGCCGAGGCCAUCAUGCGUCUGGCGGUUGGAGAUGUGGACCUGAUCAAGGAGAUCAUCCUCAAGGCGGUGCAUGAUAGCACGGGCGGUAACGAGGAUGUGACCGUGGAAUUCAUCAACAACGGGACGGGAUAUCCGCCUGUGGACUUUGACACCGACGUGGACGGGUUCAACGUCACGACGGUGAACUAUGCGACCGAUGCGUUCCACCUGCACCUUCACGAGGGGUCUGGUGGAAGCCGGCAUGGUCGUGUUCGACGGUAUCUGUACGGGCCGGGCAAUAUCUUGUCGCGCACGGCGACCACGAGGGGCUGCCUGUGUGGCAGAUUGAGGAGGCAGUUCGGGGGUACAAGAAGCUGA